AUGUUCGACGACAAUAAGCUCAUUCGGAAGCUGUUGCGGGAGCAGCAUGAUAUUGAUUGGACCGUGGUUUCGACCGGGCUGUUCAUGUCGUACCUGUUUCUCCCGUCGUUCGGCGUUAUCGAUGCCAAGAAGAGAGUGGUGAGGGCCUUGGGAAGUUGGGAGAACAAAACCACAAUCACUCUACGCGAUGACAUCGGCAAGAUGGUCGCCGAGGUGGUUUAUGCACCUUCGAAGGAGGGUUCGGACCACAUGGUCUACCUGAGUGGGGAUACCAUCACAUACAGCAGGCUUGCUGACCUGGUCAAGGAGCACUUCAAAGCCGAGUUCAUGAGGGAGUUGUGGUCCAUCCCGAAGCUGGAGGAUGAUCUAGAAAAGGAUCCCGGCAAACUCUGGAAAAAGUACAGAGUGGUGUUUGCUACUGGUCAUGGUGUCUUUUGGGGAAAAGAAGAGAGCUUCGACUCGAGAGGCAAAUUCCCCUGA